CAUCAUCAUCAGCAGUAGCACAAUCAUCAUCAACAGUAGCACCAUCAUCAUCAGCACCAUCAUCAUCAUCAGCACCAUCAUCAUCAUCAGCAGCAGCAGGCGCCAUGAACUGUCGCUCGCAGGAAUUUGAGCUCACGUUGGAGCUGAGGCUGGUGGAGGAGGCGGCCCUGGCCAUCUUACACACGGUGCUGUUACACCGCACCACCGGGCGCUUCUCGUAUCAGCGGGAGGGGACCUACUCUGUGGGAGCCAUCGGCUGCUGUGACGUGGACUGCGAGCGGCUGGGUAGCACUUACGUACGUGUAGCCAGCGCCAGCCUGGACCGCUCCCUACGCAGCGCUGUUACAGCCUUCACUGACGCCCUCAGGGCUUGCGAGGCCUCUGCAGGAGUGGGUGUUGGUGUGUGCGGGACGCUCUCGCUGGAGUUCUAUCUCUUGUCUCUCUGUCUCUCUGUGUGUCUCUCUGUGUCUCUGUCUCUCUGUGUGUGUCUCUGUCUCUCUGUGUGUCUCUGUUUGUGUCUCUGUGUGUCUCUAGGACGCCCUCAGGGCUUGCGAGGCCUCUGCAGGAGUGGGUGUUGGUGUGUGCGGGACGCUCUCGCUGGAGUUCUAUCUCUUGUCUCUCUGUGUGUGUCUCUGUCUCUCUGUGUGUCUCUGUGUGUCUCUGUCUCUCUGUGUGUCUCUGUGUGUGUGUCUCUAGGACGCCCUCAGGGCUUGCGAGGCCUCUGCAGGAGUGGGUGUUGGUGUGUGUGGGACUCUCUCGCUGGAGUUCUAUCUCUUGUCUCUCUGUGUGUGUCUCUGUCUCUCUGUGUGUCUCUGUGUGUCUCUGUCUCUCUGUGUGUCUCUGUGUGUGUGUCUCUAGGACGCCCUCAGGGCUUGCGAGGCCUCUGCAGGAGUGGGUGUUGGUGUGUGUGGGACUCUCUCGCUGGAGUUCUAUCUCUUGUCUCUCUGUCUCUCUGUCUCUCUGUGUGUGUGUCUCUGUCUCUCUGUCUCUCUGUGUGUGUCUCUGUCUCUCUGUCUCUCUGUGUGUGUCUCUAGGACGCCCUCAGGGCUUGCGAGGCCUCUGCAGGAGUGGGUGUUGGUGUGUGUGGGACGCUCUCGCUGGAGUUCUAUCUCUUGUCUCUCUGUCUCUGUGUGUGUGUGUCUCUGUCUCUCUGUCUCUCUGUGUGUGUCUCUAGGACGCCCUCAGGGCUUGCGAGGCCUCUGCAGGAGUGGGUGUUGGUGUGUGCGGGAUGCUCUCGCUGGAGUUCUAUCUCUUGUCUCUCUGUCUCUCUGUGUGUGUGUCUCUGUCUCUCUGUCUCUCUGUGUGUCUCUCUAGGACGCCCUCAGGGCUUGCGAGGCCUCUGCAGGAGUGGGUGUUGGUGUGUGUGGGACUCUCUCGCUGGAGUUCUAUCUCUUGUCUCUCUGUCUCUCUGUCUGUCUCUCUGUGUGUGUCUCUGUGUGUCUCUCUGUCUCUCUGUGUGUGUCUCUAGGACGCCCUCAGGGCUUGCGAGGCCUCUGCAGGAGUGGGUGUUGGUGUGUGUGGGACGCUCUCGCUGGAGUUCUAUCUCUUGUCUCUCUGUCUCUCUGUCUCUCUGUGUGUGUGUCUCUGUCUCUCUGUGUGUGUCUCUAGGACGCCCUCAGGGCUUGCGAGGCCUCUGCAGGAGUGGGUGUUGGUGUGUGUGGGACGCUCUCGCUGGAGUUCUAUCUCUUGUCUCUCUGUCUCUCUGUCUCUGUGUGUGUCUCUGUCUCUCUGUGUGUCUCUGUGUGUCUCUAGGACGCCCUCAGGGCUUGCGAGGCCUCUGCAGGAGUGGGUGUUGGUGUGUGUGGCACUCUCUCGCUGGAGUUCUAUCUCUUGUCUCUCUGUCUCUCUGUGUGUGUGUCUCUGUCUCUUUGUGUGUGUCUCUAGGACGCCCUCAGGGCUUGCGAGGCCUCUGCAGGAGUGGGUGUUGGUGUGUGUGGGAUGCUCUCGCUGGAGUUCUAUCUCUUGUCUCUCUGUCUCUCUGUCUCUGUGUGUGUCUCUGUCUCUCUGUGUGUCUCUGUGUGUCUCUAGGACGCCCUCAGGGCUUGCGAGGCCUCUGCAGGAGUGGGUGUUGGUGUGUGUGGCACUCUCUCGCUGGAGUUCUAUCUCUUGUCUCUCUGUCUCUCUGUCUCUGUGUGUGUCUCUGUCUCUCUGUGUGUCUCUGUGUGUCUCUAGGACGCCCUCAGGGCUUGCGAGGCCUCUGCAGGAGUGGGUGUUGGUGUGUGUGGGACGCUCUCGCUGGAGUUCUAUCUCUUGUCUCUCUGUCUCUCUGUCUCUGUGUGUGUCUCUGUCUCUCUGUGUGUCUCUGUGUGUCUCUAGGACGCCCUCAGGGCUUGCGAGGCCUCUGCAGGAGUGGGUGUUGGUGUGUGUGGCACUCUCUCGCUGGAGUUCUAUCUCUUGUCUCUCUGUCUCUCUGUCUCUCUGUGUGUGUGUCUCUGUCUCUCUGUGUGUGUCUCUAGGACGCCCUCAGGGCUUGCGAGGCCUCUGCAGGAGUGGGUGUUGGUGUGUGUGGGACGCUCUCGCUGGAGUUCUAUCUCUUGUCUCUCUGUCUCUCUGUCUCUGUGUGUGUCUCUGUCUCUCUGUGUGUCUCUGUGUGUCUCUAGGACGCCCUCAGGGCUUGCGAGGCCUCUGCAGGAGUGGGUGUUGGUGUGCGUGGCACUCUCUCGCUGGAGUUCUAUCUCUUGUCUCUCUGUCUCUCUGUCUCUGUGUGUGUCUCUGUGUGUCUCUGUGUGUUUCUAGGACGCCCUCAGGGCUUGCGAGGCCUCUGCAGGAGUGGGUGUUGGUGUGUGUGGGACUCUCUCGCUGGAGUUCUAUCUCUUGUCUCUCUGUCUCUCUGUGUGUGUCUCUAGGACGCCCUCAGGGCUUGCGAGGCCUCUGCAGGAGUGGGUGUUGGUGUGUGUGGGACGCUCUCGCUGGAGUUCUAUCUCUUGUCUCUCUGUCUCUCUGUCUCUGUGUGUGUCUCUGUGUGUCUCUGUGUGUCUCUGUGUGUCUCUAGGACGCCCUCAGGGCUUGCGAGGCCUCUGCAGGAGUGGGUGUUGGUGUGUGUGGGACUCUCUCGCUGGAGUUCUAUCUCUUGUCUCUCUGUCUCUCUGUGUGUGUCUCUAGGACGCCCUCAGGGCUUGCGAGGCCUCUGCAGGAGUGGGUGUUGGUGUGUGUGGCACUCUCUCGCUGGAGUUCUAUCUCUUGUCUCUCUGUCUCUCUGUCUCUGUGUGUGUCUCUGUCUCUCUGUGUGUCUCUGUGUGUCUCUAGGACGCCCUCAGGGCUUGCGAGGCCUCUGCAGGAGUGGGUGUUGGUGUGUGUGGCACUCUCUCGCUGGAGUUCUAUCUCUUGUCUCUCUGUCUCUCUGUGUGUGUGUCUCUGUCUCUCUGUGUGUGUCUCUAGGACGCCCUCAGGGCUUGCGAGGCCUCUGCAGGAGUGGGUGUUGGUGUGUGUGGGACGCUCUCGCUGGAGUUCUAUCUCUUGUCUCUCUGUCUCUCUGUCUCUGUGUGUGUCUCUGUCUCUCUGUGUGUCUCUGUGUGUCUCUAGGACGCCCUCAGGGCUUGCGAGGCCUCUGCAGGAGUGGGUGUUGGUGUGCGUGGCACUCUCUCGCUGGAGUUCUAUCUCUUGUCUCUCUGUCUCUCUGUCUCUGUGUGUGUCUCUGUGUGUCUCUGUGUGUCUCUAGGACGCCCUCAGGGCUUGCGAGGCCUCUGCAGGAGUGGGUGUUGGUGUGUGUGGGACUCUCUCGCUGGAGUUCUAUCUCUUGUCUCUCUGUCUCUCUGUGUGUGUCUCUAGGACGCCCUCAGGGCUUGCGAGGCCUCUGCAGGAGUGGGUGUUGGUGUGUGUGGGACGCUCUCGCUGGAGUUCUAUCUCUUGUCUCUCUGUCUCUCUGUCUCUGUGUGUGUCUCUGUGUGUCUCUGUGUGUCUCUGUGUGUCUCUAGGACGCCCUCAGGGCUUGCGAGGCCUCUGCAGGAGUGGGUGUUGGUGUGUGUGGGACGCUCUCGCUGGAGUUCUAUCUCUUGUCUCUCUGUCUCUCUGUCUCUGUGUGUGUCUCUGUCUCUCUGUGUGUCUCUGUGUGUCUCUAGGACGCCCUCAGGGCUUGCGAGGCCUCUGCAGGAGUGGGUGUUGGUGUGUGUGGCUCUCUCUCGCUGGAGUUCUAUCUCUUGUCUCUCUGUCUCUCUGUCUCUCUGUGUGUGUGUCUCUGUCUCUCUGUGUGUGUCUCUAGGACGCCCUCAGGGCUUGCGAGGCCUCUGCAGGAGUGGGUGUUGGUGUGUGUGGGACGCUCUCGCUGGAGUUCUAUCUCUUGUCUCUCUGUCUCUCUGUCUCUGUGUGUGUCUCUGUCUCUCUGUGUGUCUCUGUGUGUCUCUAGGACGCCCUCAGGGCUUGCGAGGCCUCUGCAGGAGUGGGUGUUGGUGUGCGUGGCACUCUCUCGCUGGAGUUCUAUCUCUUGUCUCUCUGUCUCUCUGUCUCUGUGUGUGUCUCUGUGUGUCUCUGUGUGUCUCUAGGACGCCCUCAGGGCUUGCGAGGCCUCUGCAGGAGUGGGUGUUGGUGUGUGUGGGACUCUCUCGCUGGAGUUCUAUCUCUUGUCUCUCUGUCUCUCUGUGUGUGUCUCUAGGACGCCCUCAGGGCUUGCGAGGCCUCUGCAGGAGUGGGUGUUGGUGUGUGUGGCACUCUCUCGCUGGAGUUCUAUCUCUUGUCUCUCUGUCUCUCUGUGUGUGUGUCUCUGUCUCUCUGUGUGUGUCUCUAGGACGCCCUCAGGGCUUGCGAGGCCUCUGCAGGAGUGGGUGUUGGUGUGUGUGGGACGCUCUCGCUGGAGUUCUAUCUCUUGUCUCUCUGUCUCUCUGUCUCUGUGUGUGUCUCUGUCUCUCUGUGUGUCUCUGUGUGUCUCUAGGACGCCCUCAGGGCUUGCGAGGCCUCUGCAGGAGUGGGUGUUGGUGUGUGUGGCACUCUCUCGCUGGAGUUCUAUCUCUUGUCUCUCUGUCUCUCUGUCUCUCUGUGUGUGUGUCUCUGUCUCUCUGUGUGUGUCUCUAGGACGCCCUCAGGGCUUGCGAGGCCUCUGCAGGAGUGGGUGUUGGGGUGUGUGGGACGCUCUCGCUGGAGUUCUAUCUCUUGUCUCUCUGUCUCUCUGUCUCUGUGUGUGUCUCUGUCUCUCUGUGUGUCUCUGUGUGUCUCUAGGACGCCCUCAGGGCUUGCGAGGCCUCUGCAGGAGUGGGUGUUGGUGUGCGUGGCACUCUCUCGCUGGAGUUCUAUCUCUUGUCUCUCUGUCUCUCUGUCUCUGUGUGUGUCUCUGUGUGUCUCUGUGUGUCUCUAGGACGCCCUCAGGGCUUGCGAGGCCUCUGCAGGAGUGGGUGUUGGUGUGUGUGGGACUCUCUCGCUGGAGUUCUAUCUCUUGUCUCUCUGUCUCUCUGUGUGUGUCUCUAGGACGCCCUCAGGGCUUGCGAGGCCUCUGCAGGAGUGGGUGUUGGUGUGUGUGGGACGCUCUCGCUGGAGUUCUAUCUCUUGUCUCUCUGUCUCUCUGUCUCUGUGUGUGUCUCUGUGUGUCUCUGUGUGUCUCUGUGUGUCUCUAGGACGCCCUCAGGGCUUGCGAGGCCUCUGCAGGAGUGGGUGUUGGUGUGUGUGGGACUCUCUCGCUGGAGUUCUAUCUCUUGUCUCUCUGUCUCUCUGUGUGUGUCUCUAGGACGCCCUCAGGGCUUGCGAGGCCUCUGCAGGAGUGGGUGUUGGUGUGUGUGGCACUCUCUCGCUGGAGUUCUAUCUCUUGUCUCUCUGUCUCUCUGUGUGUGUGUCUCUGUCUCUCUGUGUGUGUCUCUAGGACGCCCUCAGGGCUUGCGAGGCCUCUGCAGGAGUGGGUGUUGGUGUGUGUGGGACGCUCUCGCUGGAGUUCUAUCUCUUGUCUCUCUGUCUCUCUGUCUCUGUGUGUGUCUCUGUCUCUCUGUGUGUCUCUGUGUGUCUCUAGGACGCCCUCAGGGCUUGCGAGGCCUCUGCAGGAGUGGGUGUUGGUGUGCGUGGCACUCUCUCGCUGGAGUUCUAUCUCUUGUCUCUCUGUCUCUCUGUCUCUGUGUGUCUCUGUGUGUCUCUGUGUGUCUCUAGGACGCCCUCAGGGCUUGCGAGGCCUCUGCAGGAGUGGGUGUUGGUGUGUGUGGGACUCUCUCGCUGGAGUUCUAUCUAUUGUCUCUCUGUCUCUCUGUGUGUGUCUCUAGGACGCCCUCAGGGCUUGCGAGGCCUCUGCAGGAGUGGGUGUUGGUGUGUGUGGGACGCUCUCGCUGGAGUUCUAUCUCUUGUCUCUCUGUCUCUCUGUCUCUGUGUGUGUCUCUGUGUGUCUCUGUGUGUCUCUGUGUGUCUCUAGGACGCCCUCAGGGCUUGCGAGGCCUCUGCAGGAGUGGGUGUUGGUGUGUGUGGGACUCUCUCGCUGGAGUUCUAUCUCUUGUCUCUCUGUCUCUCUGUGUGUGUCUCUAGGACGCCCUCAGGGCUUGCGAGGCCUCUGCAGGAGUGGGUGUUGGUGUGUGUGGGACGCUCUCGCUGGAGUUCUAUCUCUUGUCUCUCUGUCUCUCUGUCUCUGUGUGUGUCUCUGUCUCUCUGUGUGUCUCUGUGUGUCUCUAGGACGCCCUCAGGGCUUGCGAGGCCUCUGCAGGAGUGGGUGUUGGUGUGUGUGGGACUCUCUCGCUGGAGUUCUAUCUCUUGUCUCUCUGUCUCUCUGUGUGUCUCUCUGUGUCUCUGUCUCUCUGUGUGUGUCUCUAGGACGCCCUCAGGGCUUGCGAGGCCUCUGCAGGAGUGGGUGUUGGUGUGUGUGGCACUCUCUCGCUGGAGUUUUAUCAGCGUAAGCGCUGCCGCUGGCCCUUCCCUGAUGAAUGUGCCCCCUGGGAGGUGUGGACCCUGCGGG